AGUUAUUUGACCAAGUCGUCUCAUACAAAAUCCUGUUGUUGACCAAGGUCGCCCCGUCAAUAUGCGGUGAUUACUGUGGGAAAACUUGUCGGUCGACUUAGUAAGGGGCGACUUUCCGAUUCAAGAUGGCGGCCUGCAUGAGAAGAAAAUUUCUUAGGAAUUCGGGUCAGUUUUUGCGAGGAUACUUCGGAGAAAGUGGCCUGUCAUGUAAAGUGCAGAGAUGUUCUUGUUCUUCCAAGUCAUUUGAUUCAAAUAAAGGUGCUUCAAAGCUGUUUCUGUCCGAUGAAGUGCAAAGCAUCUUGAAGAGAAUAACUGGGAUGGAUCUAAGCAAAGUUUUCCGCCACACCAAAGAAAAAUUAGAAGCACCAACUUACAGACUUGUCAGCGAUGCUAAACUAAAACAGCUUGAGGAGGAGGCUAAGAAAACGGCUGAGAAGAGACUACAGAUGCCUCCUGUGAUUGAAGAGAGAACAGAGAUUGAUGAAGUAUUAGCAGAGAAUCCAGAGCUGGAAGGUUUAGAGUCGUCAAAGUUUGUCUUCACAGAUAUAACAUACGACCUGAGUGACAGGGAGCGUUUUAUUGUUGUUCGGGAACCAAACGGCGUGUUGCGCAAAGCUAAGUGGGAAGAGCGUGAUCGUAUUCUCCAGAUUUAUUUCCCCCGGUCCCAACGCCAGCUUGUACCACCACCGCUGUUUGAGGAUGAACGGCUUCAAGGUAUGUUUGACCAGGAUAGACAUGAAUAUCUACUGGAUGCAGCUUGUGUGCAGUUUGAACCUGAUGCCAAAGAUUUCAUCCGGAUCCAUCAAAAAACAUAUGACGACAUAGACGCCAAAGAGAAACAUAAUCUUCUCAGAUCAACGCGACACUUUGGUGGACUUGCCUUCUAUUUGUCGAGGAAACAACAAAUUGACGGACUGUUGGUUGAUAUGAUUAAGAGACACCUUAUUUCCGAUGCAGUUGAUGUGGUUCAUUUGACGCAUCUUAUGGCACCAGACUCUCCAUCAGCCGUGGAGGUUAAAAACAACAAGCUAGAAGGGAUUGACGCUCUGAAGGUAUUUAUUGAGAAGGAUGCCAAGCAAACAGGAUUAUUAGAACUUGUCCUACAGUCUUAUGAGAAUGAUGUUGCUAACCAAGAAACAGAUACCGAGGAGCAAGUUAGUGACAGCCAGAGAUGAAGAAA